CGCAGCAGCAGCAACGACCACCCCACGCCACACCCCUCUUCGCACGCCAGUUCGAACCUGCACGGCUUCCCCCUUCCACGCAGCAUAGUCCGACCUCAGAACCCCGCAUACUGUCCACGAUGUCAGCAAUCUUCUCCGGUGCUCCUCCGCAAGGCGGUCCAGGCUACUCGUUCAAGCAGACCCCCACAGCGGCUCCGUCAGGCGAACGACAGCACGGCUUCUACCCCUACACCGACAAUGGUGGAUCCACACUCGGUAUCUCGGGCGCUGACUUCACCAUCCUUGCUGGCGACACUCGAUCAACCUCGGGCUACAACAUCAACACGCGGUACGCACCCAAACUCUUCAAGAUCGGUGGCGAGGGGCCAGAGAACAAGGGCGCGCGAAUAGUACUCUCGGUCGUCGGCUUCGCGGCGGACGGCGACGCGCUGAAGGAGCGCCUCGACACCAUCGUCAAGAUGUACAAGUACCAGCACGGCAAGCCCAUGUCCGUGUCCGCAUGCGCACAGCGCCUCAGCCACAUUCUCUACAACAAGCGAUUCUUCCCGUACUACGUACAUGCAAUUCUGGGUGGUCUGGACGAGGACGGCAAGGGCGCAUUAUACUCGUACGAUCCGGUCGGCAGCUACGAGAGGGAGCAGUGCAGGGCUGCUGGUGCGGCAGCAUCACUCAUUAUGCCCUUUUUGGACAACCAGGUCAACUUCAAGAACCAGUACAUGCCGGGAAGCGGAACGGGCCACAACCUCAAGGCGAAGGCGGCUGAACCGCUGCCGCAGGACCACGUCGAGGACUUGGUGAGGGAUGCGUUCACGAGCGCGGUGGAGAGGCACAUUGAGGUCGGUGAUGGUCUCCAAAUGAUGAUCAUCACAGCAGAUGGCAUCGCCGAGACGUACACGCCGUUGAAGAGGGAUUAAGGAGGGUACUUGGUCGGGGCGGACGAGGCCAACGACUUCUUGGCCUACAGCAUAGCCGGUUUGUAUGAACAGUAUCUAACGGCAGAACGAAGCAAUGACACAGCUGUCUGAAAGACAAAAUACAUACACAUGAUCUAACUUUUCGUUCUCCCGUCAC